GGCAGACCCAACGCGGAGGGUUGCUGUGCGGGGGGCACCCAGGGGCACAGAGUGCGGGGUCCUAUCUAGAGACCGGCGCCCCUCGGAGUCUUGCCAAGAGGCAGCUCUGGGACUUUCCCAGCUCCCAAAGUCAAUACUGAGACCCCAGAUGUGUCCAGAGACACCCUGAAGAGGCUGAGGGGCUGAGGAGCCCUCAGGGAGAUUCAGAGGCACCCACAGGGAGAUUCCUGAAGCUGACUCCGAGCCAGAAGAUUUACCCGUUAUUUGAGCGGCCUCCUUGCUCCCACUCCGGAUCUCUGUUGCUAUGGAGACCACCAACGGGACUGAGACCUGGUAUGAGAGCCUGCACGCAGUGCUGAAGGCUCUAAAUGCCACUCUUCACAGCAACUUGCUCUGCCGGCCAGGGUCAGACGACCUGACUGGGGAGCGGCGGGCCAGCCUACCUGGCCGUGAUGACAACUCCUACAUGUACAUUCUCUUCGUCAUGUUUCUAUUUGCUGCCACCGUGGGCAGCCUCAUCCUGGGAUAUACCCGCUCCCGCAAAGUGGACAAACGCAGUGACCCCUAUCAUGUGUAUAUCAAGAACCGUGUGUCUAUGAUCUGAUGCUAGGGGCCUGGGAAUGGCCGAACAUCAAGACACUGGAACUCAGUUAUGGACCACAUCAGGCCUCAGUGUCCCCAUCUGUAAGAUUAACAAGAAAUAGUCCUAAGGGAGGUCAUCAUUACAGUGGGGGGAGAGGGGCUGGCAGACCUGGGCCUUGUUGGUAAAGAUUUUGUUUUCCAGUAAAGAUAGACUUUAUAAACAGUGGGAGCCCCAUGAACAAACAUAUAGAAAUUGCAAAAGAUAAUAACCAAUGAUUGGUCCAGUGGCUGGGGGUUGGGGCCUAGAGGCUGGAGGAAGGAGAAAAGGAAGUUGUAACAGAGGGAAAUGAAACAGGAAGAUGCACUGAGGACACAUUUUUUGAUGUGUUAUCUUCAACGGCCAUGAAAAGCAGCAGAGAUUCUCCCAUAUCACCAUAAGAAUCUGAGUAAUAUGACUUAUUUAUGUUUGUUCACAUUUUUUAUGUGUUCUAAGAUAUUUAACAUUUGUGAUUUUACCCCCUAUGAGGGAAGCAAAGUAAGUACGAUUCUAGCCAUUUGGGCCAGAGCAGGGCUAUAAACUAGGACCUAGGAAUUCUGGUUUCCUUGCCUACUGCUUUUCAAAACUGUGCCACCAUACAGGACAGGAUCCAGGCCUGAAACUUCUAUGAUUCUGGGGGCCCUCCUUAAGAAAAAGAAUUCAAAAAUAUCCUGCUUUUGCAAAUAUUACAAAAAACAUAUUGCCAUGCUAAUACAUUACUAGGACCCCUCCUAAAGUCCUAAGAAGCCAUGCAAAUGCGGACCCCUGAAUAUUGAGGCUUUUUAGCUCCAUCCAUGUCACAGUGUCCUUCCCAGCCACAUCUCCAAUCAUUACCUCAAACACAGCCUCUUCUGAUUUGAUGAGAUUCUAUGAGAAAUUUUCUGAUACCAAAUUGAAAUCUGCUUCUUGAAGAUUAUUAUUACACCUAGAGGAUUAUCAAAUUAAAAGAAGGAGAGUAUGUAGGGAUCCCUGGGUGGCUCAGCGGUUUAGUGCCUGCCUUUGGCCCGGGGCAUGAUCCUGGAGUCCCGGGAUCGAGUCCCACGUCAGGCUCCCUGGAUGGAGCCUGCUUCUCUCUGUCUCUCAUGAAUAAAUAAAUAAAAUCUUAAAAAAAAAAAAAAAGCCUCAGUGUGCCUGAGCUGCUUAAAAGAAGAAGAGUAUGCAAGGUAGGUACCUGAUUCAGUAGAAGGAUUCUGGUACAUGAACUGGCUGGUUACUUCUCUGAUACUUUUCUCUCUUUGGCACAAUAGAAUAGUAAGACCUCAAAGUCUCUAAGGGCUCUACCAGUUCUGACAUUCUGGGUUUCACAUACACUAGGUUAAAUAAUAAAUUGUGUUUGUAGGUCAAAAGCAGCUGAAUAUCAGUGGUUUUCAUAUGAUCCAGUCAAAUAUGUGCAAUGUGGCAAGUGAAUACCUUACAAGCUACAAAUCCCAGGUUGGAACCUCCCACUGUUCUGUUUGAUUCUAUUUAAGGGAUCAACAUGGGGUUUCCAGAAGGCCCUACUGAAACAUACAUAUUUGUAUAUAGCAGAAACUCUGAAAGAAUACUAUAAUAGCAGUUAUCUUUGAAGAGAAGGAUUGUGGGUGAUUUUCCUUUUCUACUUAAAAAAUUUAUGUAACAUUUGAUUUAUUGACCAUAAGUAUAUUGCUUGUAUAAUGGGCAGGAGGGGGCUGAUUCCACUUUGAAAAAGUAAAAAUAAAGGCCUGUGUGUU